UCAACAUUUCGAGAUCGACAGCGCAACUUGAGCGUUCAACUCGCCAAUUUCUAAAUUUCAUUUAAAGGCAAGAUCUUCUCUUUUCAUUUUUAUUUCUUUCUUAUUCUUAAAUAUAAUUUGUCACCCAAUAUUUUAUUUUCUUUUUAAUACCAAGUAAUUUAAAUAAAUAGUGUUCUACCUUUCAUCACCCUACCCUUCUACUACCCCUUUUCUUGCUUCCAAUCAGAUCUGCUCUACAUUCUCUCAAAUUUGUCAAAAUUCACGAUCUUAAUUUCGAGGUUUUGAAGUGGAAGAUUGAUCAGUGAUAACCGACGAAAUACAAGAAAAGGGUAAAAAGAAAAAUGGGUGAAAAUAGAGGUGGAUUUCAGCUUGGAACUGUUGGGGCUUUGAGUCUCUCAGUUGUAUCUUCUGUUUCAAUUGUCAUUUGCAAUAAAGCCCUUAUUAGUACUUUGGGUUUUCAUUUUGCUACUACAUUGACGAGCUGGCAUCUGCUUGUUACCUUUUGCUCUCUUCAUGUAGCUUUAAAGAUGAAAUUAUUUGAACACAAACCCUUUGAGCGAAAAGCUGUUUUGGGGUUUGGCAUUCUAAAUGGAAUAUCCAUUGGACUAUUAAAUCUCAGCUUGGGUUUCAAUUCUGUUGGCUUCUAUCAGAUGACAAAGCUUGCAAUCAUCCCCUGCACUGUCUUUCUGGAAACUGUCUUUUUUAAGAAGCAAUUCAGCCGAAGCAUACAGAGCUCUCUCGCUGUACUUCUUAUAGGUGUGGGGAUUGCAACUGUUACAGAUUUGCAGCUGAAUGCUCUGGGAUCUUUCUUAUCUUUCCUUGCAGUGAUCACAACUUGUGUUGCACAGAUUAUGACUAAUACCAUCCAGAAGAAGUUCAAAGUUUCUUCAACUCAGCUGUUGUAUCAAUCAAGUCCUUACCAAGCAGCAACACUGUUGAUCUCUGGGCCAUUUCUAGAUAAGCUUUUGACAAAUCAAAAUGUUUUUACUUUCAAUUAUACAACACAAGUAUUGAUUUUCAUCAUAAUUUCCUGUUUGAUUGCUGUCUCCGUUAAUUUCAGUACUUUCCUUGUGAUUGGAAAGACAUCUCCAGUCACUUAUCAAGUGCUAGGACAUCUGAAAACAUGCUUGGUUUUGGCAUUUGGCUACAUCUUGCUUCAUGAUCCAUUUAGCUGGAGAAAUAUUCUUGGAAUUUUGAUUGCCUUGGUGGGAAUGAUUCUUUAUUCCUACUACUGUACCCGAGAAACUCAGAGGAAGGCUUCUGAACCAGCACCAUUGUCUCAGGUUAAGGGAGGUGAGUCUGAUCCUUUAAUUAAUCUGGAAAGUGGAGGCAAGGGGUCUACCUGAUGAGAGCUUUCCAGAGGCACCUCUAAGGAACUCAAACAAACUUGUUUGAUGGGUUCCUCGCCUUUGUAUGCCAUUGAUCAGCACUAGGAGAACUGCUUAUGUGAAGAUAAUAGAGUUAUCAAUUAGCUGGGGUUCUCAUGUAAUGGCUGUCAUCCUGUAGAACAACAGGUAUGAGCGGUGAUAUGGGAGCUUUCAGCAAUAGCUUGGCAGUUUGUCGAGUUUGGAGAACCGCCCUUCAUUAUCACCAUUUUUGUCAUAUAAAUAGUUUGGCAACCCAAUUGAUUGAUAAAUCAUUAGUCGUGUUCUUAAUAUAGUGCAAAAUAUGAUCAUAGAUUCUAUAUAUAUCAUCAAGAUACACAAAAUUCUUGACACCUUUUAGCUUUGAGUGUCUGCUCUAUUAUCUUUUGCAUUCAUCAUGAUAUUCAGGUUUGAGUUAGCACAAAUAGAAGGAUAAAUGUUGAAAUAUUGUAACAGAAAAUAGUGCUCACUUGGUUGGAUGUAGGAAUUUAUCCUUCUCUGAGAUAUUGUAGUGUUCUUAUGUCCUAGGAAGUGACAAAAAUUGUUUAAUUGGCAAGAGCUUCCUGUAGAAAAAUUUGCUUGCCCUGCGGGAUUUAAUAAUCAACUACUUCCAUUUCGUGGAAGUAGAUUUUCAAGGAA